CCUUCCCUCUAAGGAGUUUGUCCUCUUUAGCUCCACCCAAAAUUUGUAGAGCGCCUUUGACAUGACUUGCCGAAAACAUAAAUCAUCACCACCAGUGGUUCACCCAAGUGGGCAACAAUCAUACGUGAGCCAAAUGCCACCAGAAGGUUUCCUUCAUCUGUAAGGCCGCAGCCAUGCAUCAGGACCGCCCACGUUAUGUGAUUGACAGGCCUGCGUACAACCUCCCGGACUUUGACAGGGAGUUUGACAAGAAGAAUCGACAGUUCCCCAUUGGAGAGAAAGUGAAGAAACUCUUCAGAUGCUCUGUGCUCAGACUGAGGGGCCUGCUGUUCAGACACCUGCCUGUCCUGAGUUGGCUGCCCAGGUAUAAAGUGAAAGAAAACCUGUUGUGUGAUGUCAUCAGCGGGGUCAGCGCGGGCACCAUUCAGGUACCACAGGGCAUGGCGUUCGCCCUCCUGGCAAACCUCCCUCCUGUCAACGGUCUCUAUUCCUCUUUCUUCCCCCUCAUCCCUUACUUCUUCAUGGGCACUGCUCACCAGAUGGUCCCAGGUACUUUUGCUGUUCUCAGCAUUAUGGUGGGAAUAGUGUGCCUCAGGCUGGCCCCAGAGUCUGACUUCAGUCAUUUCAAUGCCACACUCAAUGCUACAGUAGUGGACACAGACAGGAUGAAUGAGGUUCGCCUGGGCAUAUCUGGGACCCUGGCCUGCCUCACUGCUAUCAUACAGAUUGGCCUGGGCUUGAUACAGUUUGGCUUUGUGGCCAUCUAUCUGUCAGAAUCCUUUGUCAGAGGCUUCAUGACCGCUGCAGGAUUACAGAUCCUCAUCUCAGUGCUGAAGUACAUCUUUGGCAUUAAAGUACCACCGUACAGUGGUCCCCUGGCUGUUAUAUAUACUCUUAUAGAUAUUGUUUGUGGCCUGCCGGACACCAACAUAGCCUCCUUGGUAUUUGCUCUGGUCAGCAGUGUAGUCCUGAUCGUGGUGAAGGAGCUGAGCGCACGCUACCGCCACAAGCUGCCCUUCCCCAUUCCCAUGGAGAUCAUCAUUGUGGUGGUGGCCACAGCAAUCUCAGGCCCUCUGCAUCUUCCUGAGAUUUAUCAUAUGGACAUCGUGGGGAAAAUCCCUUUAGGAUUCCCAAAACCAAUCCUGCCAACAGUGAGUCAGUGGGAUGACAUGUUGAGCACCGCCUUCUCCCUUGCCAUAGUUGGGUAUGUCAUCAACUUGGCCAUGGGCAGGACACUGGCAGCCAAGCACGGCUACGAUGUGGAUCCCAACCAGGAAAUGUUGGCUCUCGGCUGCAGCAACUUCCUCGGGUCCUUCUUCAAGAUCCAUGUCAUCUGCUGUGCCCUGUCCGUAACCCUGGCUGUGGACAGCGCUGGGGGUACAUCACAGUUUGCCAGUCUCUGUGUGAUGCUGGUGGUAAUGAUUACCAUGCUAGCCUUGGGUGCCUUCCUGAAACCAUUACCAAAAUCAGUGCUGGGAGCCCUGAUUGCAGUCAACCUGAAGAACACACUCCUCCAGCUCUCUGACCCCUAUUACUUAUGGAAGAAGAGCAAAUUGGACUGUUGUGUGUGGGUUGUGUCAUUCUUGGCCACAUUCUUUCUCAGCUUACCGUAUGGAGUUGCCAUCGGAGUGGGCUUCUCCAUCCUGGUGGUUGUAUUCAAGACACAAUUUCGAAAUGGUUCGGCAGUGGUUCAGAUCAUGGAUACAGAUAUCUACAAAAACCCCAAGGUGUACAGUAAGGUGACAGCUAUAAAAGGCGUGAAGAUAGUAAACUAUUGCUCGCCGCUCUACUUUGCAAAUGCUGAGAUAUUUCGCCAGAAGGUCAUCAGAAAGACCGGACUGGACCCUGGCAAGCUUAUCCUGGUGAGGCAGAAGUUUUUCAAGAAACAACAGAAGGAGAAAGAGAAAGAGGAGAAGAAGGACAAGGAGACAAGAGGGAGGAAACUCAGCUCUUUGGUCAACAUGAAAUCUCAGACCAUAUCACAGCUUGAACUGCAGAGUGACUUCGAUAUGAGCGAUGGCAGUGCCAGCAAACCCGAGCCGCCCACCAGCUAUGUCAACUUUCACUGCAGUGACAUUGAGCUGGCUGAGCAGGCUCCUGACCAAGAGCCGCCCAGUCCCAGUGCUGCCACCCUGGAGUCCCAGCCCAUGCCGUUCCACACCCUCAUCCUAGACUUAGCCGGAGUCUGCUUCAUAGACCUGAUGGGCAUCAAAGUACUCACUAAGAUGAACUCAAGCUAUGAAACGCUGGGGAUUAAACUAUACCUUGCUAACGUUCAAGCCCAGGUGUAUGAGGAGCUGGAGGCGGGAGGGGUGUUUGAUGAUGGCAGUAUAUCUCGCAGUCACCUUUUCCUCUCCGUCCAUGAUGCCAUUCUAUUUGCUCAGCAGAGCUCUGGAGACAGGGGAGUUUCCCCACAGGCAGAGAGGGAAAGACAGGGACUUACAUUCAGCGUUGAUGAGGAGAAGGAUCUGGAGCAGGAGAUGUUUUGAGCACCUAGUGUUGCAAUAAAGAUGAAGUGGAGGAAUGUGCUGAGGAGGGGAAAACAAA